UGUUUUCUUAUAGCAAAUCAACCGAGUUAUUUAUUGUUAAAUAAAAAACUACCAAAAAUGAGUUUUCUUAAGCCAAAAGAUAAAAUUGAAGAGGGCGACACGGUAAUACUUUAUCUCACCGUUAAUUCAAUGCACGCAAUCGAGGCGACACCCACAAUAGUCAACAAGAAAGGCGAAACCAUUGAACACAUAUUCCAAACUUCUUACGGUGCAUUGAAGGUGCGCAAUUUAAUCGGGGUCGCUUAUGGCAGUCGAGUGGAACUUUCCAAAGGUUGGGCCUAUGUGCUGCAGCCAAAUCCAGAACUAUGGACACAAACUUUGCCACAUCGCACCCAAAUCAUUUACACACCAGAUAUUAGUAUGAUACUCUUUCAACUGGAAGUACGCCCCGGCUCGGUCAUAGUCGAAUCAGGCACCGGUUCAGGUUCCCUGUCUCAUUAUUUCCUACGUGCCAUUAAACCUAGUGGACAUUUACACACAUUUGAUUUCCAUGAGGCGAGAGUGGAGCAAGCCCGUGAAGAAUUCGAGCGGCAUGGUUUAGGUAAUUUCGUUAGCGUUUAUCAUCGUGAUGUUUGUCAACUGGGUUUCGACAAUGAUUUGGAAGGCAAAGCAGAUGCAGUAUUUUUAGACUUGCCCGCCCCACAAUUGGCUGUGCCAUUUGCUGUAAAAACUUUGAAAGCCGAGGGUGGUCGUUUUUGUUCCUUUUCACCUUGUAUUGAACAGUCACAACGUUGCUGCAUUGCUUUACAGGAACAUGGCUUUACAGAGAUUCGGUCAAUAGAAAUACUGCAACAGGAGCAUAUCGUUAAAACCAGAACGAUUCCAGUCCUCGACUUAGAGUUCCUAAAACAUAAGAAACCUUCGUCACAGAUAGCGGAUGAACCUGACACUGAUACAACUAAUGAAAAGACUGGACCUGUGAAAACACCUAAGGAAACCAAAAAACUGCUUACAUCCUCUGCGCCUCCUACGCUACCAGGACAUACGGGUUACUUGACCUUCGCCACACUGCCUCCGGCAUUUGUGCGAUAGCGACUGUUUCACAUAGUACGAUAUUU